AUGAACCGGCUGUACAACUCCCUGGAGCCCAGAGUGAUGGACGACGACAUGCUGAAGCUGGCUGUUGGGGAGCAGGGCCCACAGGAGGAGGCCGGGCAGCUGGCCAAGCAGGAGGGCAUCCUCUUUAAGGACGUCCUCUCCCUACAGCUGGACUUCCAGAACAUCCUCCGCAUUGACAACCUCUGGCAGUUUGAGAACUUGAGGAAGCUGCAGCUGGACAAUAAUGUCAUUGAGAGGAUCGAGGGCCUGGAGAACCUCACGCACCUGGUCUGGCUGGACCUGUCCUUCAACAACAUCGAGGCCAUCGAGGGGCUGGACACCCUGGUGAACCUGGAGGACUUGAGCUUGUUCAACAACCGCAUCUCCAAGAUCGACUCUCUGGACGCCCUGGUCAAGCUGCAGGUCCUGUCACUGGGCAACAACCAAAUCGGCAACAUGAUGAAUAUCAUCUACCUGCGGCAGUUCAAGGACUUGCGAGCGCUCAGCCUCUCCGGGAACCCCAUCGCCGAGGCAGAGGAUUACAACAUGUUCAUCUGGGCCUACCUUCCCGACCUCGUGUACCUGGACUCCCGGCGCAUCGACGACCACAUGAAAGAGCUGGCGGAGCUUAAACACCAGUACAGCAUCGACGAGUUGAAGCAACGGGAGAACCUGAUCCAGGCCCAGCUGGAGGAGGAGCAGGCGCAGCGGGAGGAGCUGGAGCAGCACAAGGCCGCAUUCGUGGAGCACCUGAACGGCUCCUUCCUGUUUGACAGCAUGUACGCCGAGGACACGGAGGGCCUCAAGCUGGCCUACCUGCACGGCGCGGGCGAGCUCCUCGAGGCCUACAAGGACAAAUUUGUCAUCAUCUGCCUGAACAUUUUCGAGUACGGACUGAAACAGCAGGAAAAGCGGAAAGUGGAGCUUGACACCUUUAAUGAGUGUGUGCAGGAGGCCAUCCAGGAAAACCAGGAGCAGGGCAGACGCAGGAUAGCCGAGUUUGAGGAGAAGCACCUGCUGAGUUUAAGUGCCAUCCGAGAUGAGUCAGAACUGACCAGCCUGGAGAAGAAGAUAAAGGAGUGCAGCGAGGACAUCAGUGAGCUGUUCAACACUCUCCUGACCCUGGAGAUGCAGCUGGUGGAGCAGCUGGAGGAGACUAUAAACAUGUUUGAAAGGAACAUCAUCGACUUGGUGGGGCUCUUUAUCGAAAAUGUCCAAAGCCUAAUGGCGCAGUGUCGGGACCUGGAGAACCACCACCACGAGAAGCUCCUGGAGGUCGCCAUCAGUGCCCUUGAGAAGGCGGUCAAGGGCGAGCUGGACGAGGACCUGCCCGACGAGGUCCGAGCGCUUUUUGUGGACAAAGACACAGUGGUCAAUGCUGUUGGGUCGUCACAUGACAUCCACCUCUUGAAGAUUGACAAUCGAGAAGAUGAGCUGGUGACCAGGGUCAACUCCUGGUGUACACACUUAGUGGACAAGAUCCACAAGGACGAGGUCAUGCGGAACCGCAGGCGAGUGAAGGAGAUCAAUCAGUACAUCGACCACAUGCAGAACGAGCUGGACAACCUUGAGUGCAGCGAUCUGAUAGAUUAG